ACCUAUCUAUGCGCUCUCUUGUCAUACGUUAUGACAACAAAAAAAUAAAAACAAAUUUGUAAAAAAUCUCAUUGGCUACUACUUUCACACAAGGAUUGACAAAUAUUCAUUCCUGUCCAUUGGAUUACACUUUAAUCGAAUGGACCAUAUCUUCAUUUUCAUCUGUUUUUCUUCUCUCCUCUCGAUCUCUCAUCUUAAUACUCUCAAUCUCUCCAUAGCUUCUCUCAAUCUCUGGACGAAAUUGUUUGGGUGGAAGAAGACAAAAACGAAGCUCAUGGCUUGGAGGAAAACGACGACAGUGAAGCGCAGGAGCUGUGGCGAAGGAGGCGCUGAAGCGGAGGUGGAGGCGCGGCAGACUCGUCUCGGUCAAGCUCUCUGUUGGCUUCACCUACUCACCACCUUCACAGAUCUGAGAAGCAGCAGUGAUGAAACAGGAAAGAGAAGCAGUGGUGUGACAGAGAGUGUCUCCGGUUAAGGGUGGUGCGUUGGUGAUGCAAAAGCCGUUGGUGGUGCAAAAGCAGUUGGUGGUGCGGCGAUGGUGUGACAGAGCGGCGCUGUGAGAUCCGGUUAGGCCGAGGAGGCGGCUUGAAGCUUGAAGAUUAGGUUUAGUAUUUUUUUCUGGUUUUACUUCUUCUUCUUUUUUUAAUUCUGGUUUAGUUUGUCAACCGGAUUUAAUUGUAAACCAAACUUUUAUUUGUAAACCAAAUUCAAUUAUUUUGUAAAAAAAAAUCAAUGUAUUAUAUAUUUCCAUUGUA